AUGACCGUCACCAGCGUUACACGUAACGAGCUCUGGCGGCACCCGAACCCCACCUCAACUCCUAUGUGGGCGUUUCUCCUCAAGGUCAACUCCAAGUACGGUCUCGACCUGGCAGACUAUCCCGGUCUUUACAAGUGGUCCAUUGACAAUGUGGCCGAGUUCUGGGAGGAAGUCUGGCACUUUGUAGGCAUCACCGCCUCGAAGCCGUUUGAUAAGGUCAUACCGUCCAAUGCACCCAUGUACCCACGUCCAGAUUUCUUCCAAGGCGCCCGUCUCAACUUUGCCGAGAACCUGCUGUUCCCCGCCAACGCCGCCGUUAACCCCACUGCCGUCGCAACCAUCACCACUACCGAGCUCGGCCCCUCAAUCUCCACAACAUGGGCCGAGCUCCGCGAUGCCGUUCGCCGCUGCUCUGCCGGCCUCCGUGCCCGUGGCGUCCGCCCGAAUGACGUCGUUGCCGGAUUUGUGUCAAACCACGUCCAGGCCCUUGUCGCCUCGCUGAGUGCCGCCACGGUGGGCGCUGUUUGGACCGGUAUCAGCCCCGACAACGGCGUCAGUGCGGUCCUCGAUCGUCUGGCUCAAAUCAGUCCCAAGGUGCUCUUUGCUGAUAACGGGACCGUGUAUAACGGCAAGGAAUGGAGCAGCACCGAUAAGACGGAGGAAAUCGUUAAAGCUUUGGCGCUCAAGGGCUUGGAGAACGUCAUUGUCAUCAAUAACGUGGCGUGCGAUCUUGGCCUCGACGCCCUGAAGGCCACAGGUGUCGCGAUAGUAGAAUACGAGUCUUUCCUCCAGAGCUCUCCUGACUUGCCCCUACAGUUUGAGCAGCUUCCCCCUUCUCAUCCUGUCUACAUCCUCUACUCCAGCGGCACCACCGGCCUUCCCAAGGCCAUCGUACAUACCGCUCUCGGUACCCUCAUUCAACACAAGAAAGAACACGCCCUCCAUGGGUCACUUACCUCCCGCUCGCGCAUGCUCUACUAUACCACCACCUCAUGGAUGAUGUGGCACUGGUCCGUUUCCGCACUCGCCGUUGGCGCCACCCUUGUGCUCUACUCCGGCUCCCCUUUCAAGCCCUCUGGCUUCCUCUCUCUCCCGCGUCUCCUCUCCGAUCUGCGCGUAACCCACUUCGGCACCUCAGCGGCCUACCUCACCGCCCUCGAAGCAAAUGACGUAUAUCCCGUUAACGAGCCUGGCAUUGACCUUUCCCCCUUGGAAGCGAUUUACUCAACGGCCAGCCCCCUGCCACCCUCAACCUUCUCCUUCGUCUACAAAGCUUUCCCCUCGAAGGUGAACCUCGCUUCGAUCACGGGCGGCACCGAUAUUAUCUCCCUCUUCGGCGCGCCCUGCCCCCUUCUUCCCGUCCGUGUUGGUGAGAUUCAAUGUGCAGGCCUCGGAAUGGCUAUCCGCGCCGUCGACUCUGUGUCUGGGGGUCAGCUUCCCGAUCCGUCCCACCCAGGCGACCUAGUCUGCGUUCGUCCCUUCCCUUGCCAGCCUCUGACCUUCUUCGGCUCCAACGGCGACGAAAAGUACAAGGCAGCCUACUUUGAGCGUUUCGCCAACAUCUGCGGCGUCGAGGGCGCUGUCUGGCACCACGGAGACUUCGUCAAGAUUCCGAACCCGUCGACUGGUUCGUUGGUCAUGCUCGGGCGCUCCGACGGUGUGCUCAAGCCCGCCGGUGUGAGGUUUGGCAGCGCCGAGAUCUACAACAUCCUCACACGCUUCUUUGCCGGUGAGGUCGAGGACGCGGUGUGCGUCGGGCGGCGCAGGGCCACCGACUCUGACGAGGUGGUGUGCCUGUUCGUCGUUCCCGCUCAGGACCACAAGUUCGAUGACGAGCUGAGAGCCAAGAUCAAGAGCGUCAUCCGUCGCGAGCUGAGCCCGAGACAUGUUCCCGGCGUUGUUGAAGAGUGCGGCGGCGGUAUUCCCAAAACUGGCAAUGGAAAGAAAAUCGAGGUGGCCGUCAAACAGAUCCUUUCCGGCAUGGACAUCAAGACAAACGCGUCCGUUGCCAACCCUGAGGCCCUGGAAUGGUUCCGCGAGUGGGCCAAUACACAUUAA